ACAAUAGCCACAGCCGUCAAUCUGACAUUUACAUUUUUCUGAUAUUGUUGUCGUCGCAGUGAAAAUAAAUAAAUUAAUUCAAAAUAACACACUUUAACACUCUUAAACUUAUCUUGAAAUCUACGAUAAGUUCAUUCAAUUCAUUAUUUCUAUAUUCUACAUCAAAUCUUCUCCGUUUAAUCGCGCCGAGUGCUUAAAACUGAACCACCUUCGAGUUAUUUUUGUGUUCAAAUUACCUAUUUCUUAUGUAAACAGUGAUGGAAAACUGUUGGGAACCGUCGCCCCACAGUUCCCAGGAUUAUUAUCCGCACUACAACCUAUUUCAGAGCUCGAUAUUCUACGACACAGACAACUUUCGUGUGCCUUGUCUGUUGGAGGACUCCGUGGCCUCGGAGAGCUCUGAGAACGAGGAGCGGAGCGCGGAGCCCCCGGACAAGCCGCCGGAGGCGCCGCUGAAGGCCAAGCGGGUGAUCGCGAAGCACGAGCUGUAUCGCGACCCGGACUUGUUCGGGAAAGAUGAUGGACAAUCAAACACCAAUGGUCCCAUAGAGCCUCCAAACUUGCCACUGUCCCAGCCAUGGGGCUACGACUGGACCAAGCAGAGCUGGGUGAAGGAGGGUGCUCCGGUGGCCGACAUACUAAAGGAUGAGCGGCGCACGCCGGAGCACCAGCCUGCUGCUCCGAGAGUUAACAACAUCAAGGCAGAGAGCAUGAUGCACAGGAUGGGUUGGCAGGGCGGAGCGCUCGGGAGGACUGGCGACGGCAUCACGGAGCCCAUCACACCUAAAGCUGUCCAUGGCUUCCGUCCGUCCCCGGGGCCCGGGUCGCGCUCAGGCAAGAAGGCGCCCCCGGGCAAGACCCCGGCCGGCAAGAGGAACCAGAGCAUGCGCGACGCCUUCCGCACCAACGUGCUCAUGCAUAUACUGGAGUUUGUGCAGGAUGACACCGAGACGGAGCUCCUGUUGGACACGUCGCUCCGCCAGCACGAGCGCCGCCACGUGACCAACAUAGUGCACUCCGUAGUCAACGACGAGGCGCUGCACGCGCUUAGCUCCGCAGCGCAGUACGACCUGGCCCGGGACAUACACAAGCACAACCGAUACCUGCUGGAGUGUGCACAGGACCACCAGUAUAAAUGA